AUGAGACCUGGUGACCUACAGGUGAGACUGAUGAGCCCUGGUGAUCCACAGGUGGAACUGGUGGGGCCUGGUGACCCACAGGUGGAACUGGUGGGGCCUGGUGACCCACAGGUGGAACUGAUGAGCCCUGGUGACCCACAGGUGGAACUGAUGAGCCCUGGUGGCCCACAGGUGGAACUGAUGAGCCCUGGUGACCCACAGGUGGAACUGGUGGGGCCUGGUGACCCACAGGUGGAACUGAUGAACCCUGGUGACCCACAGGUGGAACUGAUGAGCCCUGGUGACCCACAGGUGGAACUGGUGGGGCCUGGUGACCCACAGGUGGAACUGAUGAGCCCUGGUGACCCACAGGUGGAACUGGUGGAGCAUGGUGACCCACAGGUGGAACUGAUGAGCCCUGGUGGCCCACAGGUGGAACUGGUGGGCCCUGGUGACCCACAGGUGGAACACACAAGCACACAAUACAAAUUAGUUACAUUGGACUCCGCUUCCUCUGAUCGUGAAGUGACAGGAGCCGACAGUUCGCGGGUAGUCAGACAAAGGGGUGUGAAGGAAGCACCAGACGGAUCUAGACAGGCAAGACGAGAGGUAGGAGGAGGAGAGGAGAAGGAAGGAUCCCCCCAGACACCUUUCGUGGCCACCCGGAGUCCUGUCAGGAUCGAGGUGUUGACUGCAGGAGGCCAGAAGAUCCCCGACACCGACUCCUCCUCACCACCACCACUACCACUACCCUGUCUGCUGCCCUAG